UUGGCCCGCCAGCGGCCGCGCGACUCGCACGCAUCUGUCGUCGACAACUCUCCACAUUUUUGGAGAACCUCGCAACCGAUCGGUGCCGAUGACGUCACUCAAACCAAAAUUGUGUCCGUCCAAAUUGUGGUCCCUGUGAUUAGUGUGUAGUGAUUGUGCAGACUGUAAAGGAGAAGCCGAGGAUACUUUCACUGGACUGAAAGUUGAAGAAUAUUCUUUCGGAGGACUUCUUUAUACGGACACGGGAGAUUGUACAUCAAAAGAAUGCCAGUUAUGUGAUCAACAGAAGAUAUUCGAAGGGCAAGAUGUCACCGGUGUGCCACAACUUCGUACAGAAUGCGUGGAAGAAAGACUUCUGUUCAAACUGCUUCAAGUCGCGGGAGGAACACAUCAAGCAGGAACGCGUGACUGAAGGCAGCAAAUACCUAGCGACCCCUUUCCAGAACAGAAGCACUUUCUUCAAGAAGACACCACCGAGCAUACUAAAGAUUCACCCAAAGAAGAAAAACAAACGAAACGUGAGAUUCCCCGAAGAGGUUAGCAGCGUUAUAGGUUUCGGUGGUGACGACUGGUCCGAUGGAGAGGAGUUCGAAGUCUCAGAGGACAAUGAGGAAGAGGACACAUUCCCAGACACGGAGGAGGAACGAGAGCUGCACAGGAUAACGAAAUCAAACACAGACUUCAAUACCGUCAAAGCCAAUCUGCUCGGCGAUUCCGUGACCAAAUCGUACACGUCGUUGAUGUUAGGCAAGAUGCAAACGGACUCGGAUGGCAAAAAGAAAACGCUGUUGGUGUCUGUUACCCCGUUCGGGCAGGAGAACAAAGGCCCUAGUGUUAAGUCCCACGUUCGCAAACCCGCCGUUAUACAUGUAUCGGAACCUCCCACUGAGGAUACAUCGAGCAACUAUAAAACCAAUAUAAUUUUAUCGUCAUACGUUAAAGAAUCAGAAACAAUAAUAGGCGCUGAGAAUGCUAGUAGUACUAUAUGUAUGGAAAAAUCUUUGCUCGAGGAAAUAUCCGAAACUUUAGAACAGAACAGAAUCACUAGUAGUUCAGACCUCGCAUUAUCACAAAAAGAAAGCAACAAACCUACAGUGGUUGAAGGAAAAAUGAAAGAAAGUAUGCAAGAUGAAGUAGAGAAAAAAGAUAUAAACGAAACAAAAAAGAAUGGUAUUGUCAGAAAAUCGCCCCUAAUUAAAACACAAGAGCGACCAAAAGUAAACUUGAGUCGAUCUGAAUUUAAAUUCUGUAAAAUUAACAUUGAGAGUAGUAGUGUUGACUCAGCUGUGAGCACUUUAAACUCGACAGCUAAUAACUCUCUGGCAUCAGACGACGAAAGUUUUAGCGGACGAACAGACUCUGAUAACGACGACAGUGGCCAUUUCUCCGAGACGCACAAGUGUGAAGAGACCGUUAAGAUAAAAGUGUUCAACGAGACUGAUAAAAACGUCAAAUUGUCGCCUAUCGGGCAGCUUAGAAAGGCGGACGGGCAAGUCAACGGCGGAUAUUCAACUUUUCAAAGUCCGAUCAUGGACAUGCCAACGAUAAUGCCGAAACAACCGGAAAAUAUUUUCUCUGCGGAAGCGAGUCGGGAGUUAGCUGGCGAGCCAGAUGGACGGGCUGACCCUGACGAAACCAGUGAAGCUCCAGCGUUACCCAAAAGUCCGAUUCCAACGAUGGAUCCCCGGCCGUCUUUCUUACACGGUAUGAUCACAGAUAUUAUGCCUACACACAAGCCAGCCUUGCCUGAAAAGCCCAAACUGCCCGCCAAACCGGUUAUAAAACAGACUACCAAAAAGAAUUCCAUUACAACGCAUCAACAGCAAAUGACAAUGCAUGUACAGCACUCAAUAAAAAAAGAUGACGACGAAAGAGCCAGUAGAGCUAUAAGCGAGGAGAAAAAUAACGAAAUUAGUGAAGUGCAAGAAGACAAGCCAGAGCCAAUUUACUACGCGAAGCCAGUGUUGACUAAACAAGACAGUGAUACGUCACUCAAUAGUUUAGGUAAGCGUAAAGCUCCCACUCCUCCGCUUUCGCCAUCCAUUGAAGAAUACUCGAAUAACCUGUACCAAAGAAACACAAAUGGAUUCAUGAAAUCUGAUUCACCGGUAGUUAGGGAGAUGGAAAAACGAGAACGCGCUACGAUGUCUGUGACGGCGAAGGCGAGACCGAUGCAGGAUGAAAUCGUGGAAGCUAAAAAGGUUGACGUAAUACCGGAGCCGGCGCCCCGGCGGAAUAUAUCUCUAUCGCACGACAACCUGUUGCUCGACGAGAAACGGAAAGGAAAGUAUAAAUUUUCAAUUAAGAAACUGCUUCGUAUCGGUUCCUCUAAAGAUCUAGAUAAGAAGGAGUUGAGUGUCGCUACUGUUGCUAAGUUGCCACCGAAACAGGAAGAGAUUUAUGAUCUGACGCCGAAGCCGAAGCCGCGUCUAGUGAUCAUCCAUCCGUUGGAUAUCAACGGUUCGAAUGUGGAGGUAGUGAAGUCGAAUUGUGAGAUUUCGGAGAGUUUGCGGCGAGUGAGUCACGACGAGGAGUCGAUAUACAGUGGGAUUUCUGAGGAUGCGAGAGAAACGAAGGUUGUGAACAAGCCUCCUCCCCCGCCAAGGCAGUCGAGCGAGGAUUACAAGACUGUUCCGAGUGGCUCCAAGCCAGCUCGGCCUCCUCCGCCGAAGUCAGCUGUUCUUCAAAAAAAGCAGAAGCAGCAAGCUUGGACACCCCCCAACAAAGGCGAUAACAUUUACGCUAACUUGGGAGAAAUCAGGUCAGCUCUAGCGCCACGAAAACCAGAACGGACGGCGAGCAUGCGAGAGCGAGAAGCGCAUCUAGAACUUCCGAAACGCAGAACUCCAAUAGACGACGACAAAGACGAGGUCGAUGACGGCCCCCACGAGCUAGUGCAGGCCACCAACGAAGCCGUUAUCCAUAACUACGACGACGUCUACAACUCCAGGAAAUACGAAGAAGAAACCUGUGAUUCCGCCAAAAACAGUGACAGCGAUUACGAAUACGUGCACCACGCGCGAUCCAGCUCGCCCGAAUGCGAUUCAGCCAUCAAAACUACAACGCCCGAAAGGAACGAAGCCAGAAAAAGCGUUGAAAACCCCGAAUUCCCCAAAUACAACGGUUUCAGAUCGUCACUCCCUUACUGCGGAAGCGAGACAGAAUCCGAAAUCUACUCGCCAUACAGCUUCUACAGCUCGAACGAUGCCAUGGACAGUCCAAGCAACGAAGACUACCAGAACGAGAUGACACCAAAAAACACAACAAACAAACUGAGAGUGCGAAAGGGACGCAGCGUGGUCCACAGGAAUCUUGAAGAUAAUUACGGUGCCGUAGUGAUUGCGAAUCACGAAGCCCUGGCGCAGGUUUUAGAACAGGUUCAACAAAGUGCGACGAUGCAGCCUUCCCUACGCGGGCUGAAAGCUUGCACAAACCUCCGCUGGAACGACUUCUCCAUCCAGCCAAUGCCGAAGAAUUCCUUCGUGCGAGCAGGAAAGAGGAUCUUCUACCCUGCCAUCUGGAACUCUAGCCAAGGGCCGGUCAACGUAACCCUGAUGCUGUACAAGGAGCAGAUGGCCUCUCAGAUGAUUUGCCAGCAGUCAGUCCAGCCACAAACGCUGAGUCUGAACGCUAUCACGGAGUUCUGCGAUCUGGUGUCGCUGCAGCAUUUUGGGGAAGAUGGAGAAGAUUUGGUUCAAGCGACCAUAGUGGUCCUCGCACACGCUCAAGUCGACACCAUCCAAUCGUAUGGAGAAAGCCUUCACGCCACCGAAGGUUUAACCACCAAAGAGUACCAGCUCGUCCAAACAGAACAGACACACGAGGCCAUAUUCAUGAUGCUCCAACUCAUAAACGGCCUCAAGUGCCUUCAAGCAAGAGGCGUAGAAGAAAUCCCAGAUACACUAUGCUCGUUUAUAUCCUUGAAGGAGAUACAGCCACUGGUGUCACAUGGUAGCACACUGAAUCUGCCAUCGCCUGAUGAUAGACUCAACUCUUUGUGGGCACCUAAAACCAACUGCUACGGGCGGUUGUGCAUAUUGCAAGGACUGAGCGAAGAAAUCAACAGCAGCAAAUCAGCAGAUGAAGAGCACCUCAACUCUCUUUGCAAGUGCGGCAUGAAGGCCCUGGAGAUCCUUCUUCCAGGCGAGAAACUAACCCCCCUCCUCAAAGAGGUAUUACAAGAAGAACGCGCCAUAUCCUUGAACCAAGCUAAAUCCGUUCUGGAAUUUAUGCUUUGGGGUCCUUUGGACGUCGUGCAAGGCGUCCCAGUUGAAGACAGAGAAUUAUCCUUACAAAGGUGGCUGGAUCUAGAGAGAGCAACGGUUCUGCAUGGCCUGGUCAGAACCAGAGUCCAACUCAAUGUAUUCGAACAACUACACCUCAUGUUCUUGGUUCGGUCUACCGCAAAAGCCAUGUGCGACGCCUCCGUUCUCUUAGAGAAGGCCAAUGUGUAUUAAUAUAAAUUCCUUAAGCUUUAAGCCACCCGUUUCAUACCCUAUAAAACGGGACAUACUUUAAGAACUAGCUUAGUUGGGCACCUGAAAGACUUGUUAGUUAAAAUUAAUGUUAAUUGCGUCCAAGUUGAGUCCCACCCGAGAACAUAUUUUAAGUGGAUUUAAGUGUUGAGAAAAUGAGUAAAAAUAUAUUUUAAAUACAGAUUAAUAAGGUAUCCGUUUAAUACAAUUAAAUUGUAAGCUUUGUUACUGUUUCCAUGUUAAAACGAUGUAAUUUUGUAAAGAUUUAAUUAAAAAACGAUUUGUUUAGUAAAACGACAGUUAAAUGUUAUUUUUGUUAAUAUUGGACCAUAUAAAAACAUUGUUAGGUGCCAAUAAAUAGAACUGAAGUAAUAUACUCAAUGUAUUUUAUGUUUCUGGUGCCUUAUUUACUUGUAUUAUAUAGUUUAUUGUAAAUUUAACUCAUAUACCUAAUUUAUAUUCUUUAAACGAGCUCUAUAAUGUUAUUCGCGAGUUCAAAAUAUUGAUUUGUAUUAAAAUUCAUCGAAUAUACAGAUUUUAUGCAA